UUAAUGUUGAGCUAAUCGCGAACAAAUUCGGGUUGCAAGUGGGAGUAAUGGAAAAGGGGAUAAAAUUGGAAUACGUGCGGCCGCUGUAACGCUGCAAAUUGUGCAAAACGAAACCCCUAAAAGUGUCAUAAAAUUGCUCCAUCUACCGCAGAUUGCAAUAAUAGAAAACAUUUAAAAUCCGAGAGGCAACGCGAAAUUAAAUCAAAGUCUCUGUGCGCUGCCCACGAGCAACAACAAAUUGCCUGGUUUGCCAAGGUGUUUUAAUGCUUAUUUAUUUAUAAAACAUGCUACGCAUGACUAAUGAAACGGGUUGGCGUUAUUAAAAACGAUUAAAACCAAAAAUACUCAGAUAACUAAAAGAAACGCAAAAAAUCCCCAAGGCACACACACACACACGCACGCACACUAGCACAGUCUUGUGGUGGCGCCUAGGGUCCAAAAACAACAACAACAACAAUGACAAGAGGAUAACACCAAUAACAAGAACAACAGCAGCAACAAGGGCAAUUCAUCAUUUGUUAAUUGUCAACAAAGGCAUUAUUUAUUAACGUUAAAUAAACACUAAAAAUAAGCAGCAGGCAGGCCAGCAAGUAAUUAUGCUUGACCCUGGUCCAACAACAAAAGCCCCAUCUCCGAUUCCAUCGCAAGUGGAAGAGAGACGCAGCUAAAACCACGCUGAGGAGUUGCAACGCAAUCGUCGCCUGGCCUGCAAGCGUCCAGGGCAUCGUUAUCAAAAUACUCACAGCUUGAAAGCGGGAAUCAGCCAUCAACGAAAUCAAACGAAAAAAGCGAACGACGAACAAGUGUAGCGGAGUCCAGACUGAAACUGAGACUUAGACUGACUAAGAUUUGCGAGAUUUGGCAAGACAGCCAACAUGGUGGCCGUGGGCAAUUUACACAACACGCGCAUGCUGCGCUUCCUUUUAGUCCUAAUCGUGGUGAUCCUUACCAUUUUCAUCUACGCCUCGUACUCGACAACGGGCACCCUAACAGCCAGUCAUCUGCAUUCGGCGGCAUCGCCACCGCAACAACUAGUUGGCGUUCAUCCCGGUCGGCUGCCAAUGGAACAAGUGCUGGUAGUCAAUAACACGGACAAGGAGUAUGUCCCACCAGCUGGGGUAGAAAGUGCGGCAAAAGUAGCGACCAACAGACAGUCGCAGCAGCAGCCAGCCGAGAUCCACAAGAAGCAUCCGCAGCACCGGCUGCCCACCAUCGAUGAGGAUGCUCUGCUCGACGGUGGCUCUGCCGGCGCCAGUCCCCAGGUGGGUGGCCCCGAGCAGACGCCCAAUGGCAUGGCGGAUGAGCUGCUGGAGGAGCAGCAGUAUGGCCAGAGCGUUGAUGGCAUCACUGGCAACAUCAACAGCAGCACGAACAACAACAAUAGCAGCUCUGGCGACACGUUGGUUGUCAAACAAGCGAUUCCCGCCCAGUCACCACAGCAGCAGCAAACGCAAUCGCAGGUGCAGCCAGGGCUAUCUGAUGCGGAGCUCCUCAUACCCACUUCCAAUUUGCAGAAAUUUAUAGAGAAUGCCGAUAAGAUUCUGAAGAACAUCACCUCAAAUAGCAGCACGGGCAAUGGAGUUGCUGUCCCGGCAACCGGAACAGACCCAAACACGGAUAAAGGCAAUCAACCGGAUGUGGCACAACUCAAUUUGGUGGAUGGCCCUUUGGAGGGCCCGGAAAUGGAAGCCGCAAAACAGGAGGCCGAAUCCAAGGUGAUCCAGGAGAUCAAAGAGGCGAAGAAAGAGGCUGCAGUUCCAUCACCAAAGUCCGCCCGACCACCUGUGCCCGUUGCGAAAACGACAAAGAGCAAGAUCGUGGCCAAGGAGCCGCCCAAUGCUCCAGUGGAUCCCUCGAAGGGCGUGGCCACCGAGCAGCUCUAUGAGCCGGGACAUUUGGACGAGGAAGUCGAUGCGGAGCGCAUUUGUCCAAGAGACGGAGAGUUCAUCAAGUUACUUGUGCUUAUUAGCUCGGCAAUGUCUCAUGAUGCGGCCAGGAUGUCCAUUCGGCAGACGUGGAUGCACUACGGCAGCAGAAGGGACGUCGGCAUGGCGUUUGUCUUGGGGCGCGGGACCAAUGAAACCCUAAACAAGGCGCUCACCCAGGAGAACUUCAUCUACGGAGAUCUGAUACGGGGCAAUUUCAUAGACUCGUACAACAACCUCACCCUCAAGACGAUCUCGACGCUGGAGUGGGCAGAUCUGCACUGCCCGAAGGCCAAGUACAUCCUCAAGACGGACGACGACAUGUUCAUCAAUGUGCCCAAGCUGCUGACCUUCCUCGACAAGCAUAAGGACAAGCGAACCAUAUACGGCCGCCUGGCCAAGAAGUGGAAGCCCAUCCGCAAUAAGAAGUCCAAGUAUUAUGUGGCUGUGGAUCAGUUCGCGGCCGGGGUGUUUCCUUCUUUCACCACCGGACCUGCCUACGUGCUCACCGGCGACAUUGUGCACGAGCUUUACGUACGGUCGCUGAAGACCGUGUAUCUAAAGCUGGAGGACGUGUUCACCACCGGUAUUGUGGCCAAGAGCCUGAAUAUCAAGCGGGUGCAGGCGAACGAGUUCGUCAACCGACGCAUCUCAUUCAACCCGUGCAACAUUCGUAACGCGAUCAGCGUGCACAUGAUCAAGUCGAACGAACAAUUCGAUCUGUGGAAAAAGCUGCUGGACCAGACCACCAAGUGUAAAUAGUAUUUUAAGUUUAGAGUUUAGUCUGCCGGUUUGAAGUAUCCAGUGUUAGAGAAGGGUGGUCUGUCGAGAAGCAGAGCAAAAAUAUGUAAUAUGUAAUACGAGUAGAGAAUGAUUAGCAAAGGCAGCUAUAUAGGAUUAUAAAGUUAGCAUAGUCUCUAAGUCCUAGAAAUAUCACAAAUUUCGCUGUCGAUCCCAGCAUCUGCCUAUAUGCAUGCGGUCCAACAGCGAUUCGAGUACAUUUUAAAAGAUUUGUAGUUUAAUUUUAGCAUUCUGAAUGCCAUUAUUUAAAUGAUAAUUACUGAGCGAUAACUGUGGUUAUAUCUUAACACUAAAUAAAUUAAUGUAUAUCGAGUGAAUUAAAAA